CUUAUGUAAUAGAGUGCCCGACUUUAUAGUGUAAAGUGGUAGGUAGGCGGGAACGAAGAGACCGAGAUUUAACCAUGUGGGUCAUCUUUGACCAACACGAUUAAUCUGAUUGGAUCUUAGAGUUUAUCGCCAAUUCAAACCUCAUAAUGAUCCGAGGACCUUCAACCCGCCGAGCUCUGCCAUCCCUCUUCAAUUGAACGCACUAUACCAUUUACCAUGGCGUCGAAACUGGCCCCGGUCUUCCUCCGACGGAUAGCUCGCCCGGCAUGCCGAGUUCCUCGAUCACAGUUCCGAGCCUUCACAGCCGGUAGCUCGAGAAGAAGUGAGACUCUCGCAGUGCACCGGAACACGCCCGACAACAACCCCGAGAUACCCUUCAAGUUCUCGCCUCAGAAUGAAGAGGUCAUCGCCCAGAUCCUAAAGCGCUACCCGCCCCAGUACAAGAAGGCUGCCGUCAUGCCGCUGCUCGACUUGGGCCAACGCCAGCACGGCUUCACAUCCAUAUCCGUCAUGAACGAGGUGGCGCGCAUCCUCGAGAUGCCCCCCACACGAGUAUACGAAGUCGCCUCUUUCUAUACUAUGUAUAACCGGACGCCUGUUGGCAAGUUCCACGUCCAAGCGUGCACCACGACACCCUGCCAACUCGGCGGAUGCGGCAGCGAUGCGAUCGUGAAGGCGAUCAAGGAGGAAUUAGGCAUCAAGCAGGGCGAGACGACGCCCGACGGACUAUUCACAUUUAUCGAGGUAGAAUGCCUCGGUGCUUGCGUCAACGCGCCCAUGAUCCAGAUUAACGACGACUACUACGAGGAUCUGACGCCCGAGACUACUAAGAAGCUCCUGGCGAGCCUCAGGGAGAGCGUUACAUCACCAGGCGCCGAGGUACCGAAACCCGGCCCGCAGAGUGGCCGUGACACUUGCGAGAACAGUGCUGGCCAGACAAACUUGACGAGCGAGCCGUGGGGUAUCGAGACUACGAGAAGCGACCUGUAAAGAGAGACAGCGGAGAGACCUCUUGGGACACGGGCGUAGACGUAGACACUUUGUACAUAAGCUCUAUUUGUAUCGGUUCAUAAAAAGAAGACCGUCCCUUGCGCCGUUUCCCACGCAUCUUCUGUAAUAAAUAUCCCAAUCAUUUGUCUGGCCUUGCUUCAGUUAACUGGUAAAUUUUA